AUGUCCAAAACUGCUUCCCCCAUUUUGACAGCAAGUCUUCCUCGCAACAGCGCUUCCGACGCAUCGAAACCGGUCACCAACACCUUUUUUGCUCAAACCGCUCUCGAUGAGAGCGGUGAUAAAGGAGAGUUCAAACGUGUGGAUGCUUCAUGGAGAAAUUGGGUCAAGAAAGAACCUGAUGCACAGUUUCCAGCCGAAAAGGAUAGAUAUCACUUAUUCGUUGCGUACGCUUGUCCCUGGGCCCACCGUACAUUGAUGACGCGAGCCGUCAAAGGUCUUGAUGAUACAAUCGCCGCUACCGUCGUCCACCCAAUUUGGCAGAAAACAAAGCCUGACCAAGACGAGCAUUCGGGUUGGGUAUUUGGAAACGCCGAGGGAGAAAUGCUGACGAAUACUGAAGGUAACGGUGGUCCUUUCCCUUCAAUCUUCCCACACAACGAACCGGAACCAUUCUUUGGAUCUCAAAGUAUUCGCGAGCUGUACGAAAAGGCUGGCGAUACCGAUGGGAAGUACAGCGUUCCAAUUCUCUGGGACAAGAAAAGGAACACGAUUGUCAGUAACGAAUCCUCCGAGAUCAUCCGAAUGCUCAACUCGGAGUUCAAUGACUUUGCAAAAAACCCUGAUCUAGACCUUUACCCUAUUGAGAUGCAUGUCGCCAUAGACAAAGUGAACAGUUGGGUCUAUCCAACGAUUAACAAUGGAGUUUACCGGUGCGGCUUUGCCAAAUCCCAGGAAGCAUAUGAUACAGCGAUCACUGAGCUGACGGAAUCGUUUGAUCGGAUAGCGGAUAUUCUACAGAAGCAGCGCUUUAUUGCAGGAAACAAAUUCUCAGAGGCUGAUAUUCGUCUUUUUGUUACCCUUGUGCGGUUUGAUGAGGUUUACACGGUCUAUUUCAAAACAAACACGCGCUCUGUGGCCCACACUCCGUCUAUUUUGAACUACUGCCGUGAAAUUUACCAGAUGCCGGGAGUGAAAGACACUGUGAACAUGGAACAGAUUAAGGCCCACUACUAUUGCUCACACCCCAUUCUUAAUCAUUUCUCAAUUGUUCCUCGCGGGCCCGAUUUUGUGGAUUUGUUGGAACAGCCCCACAAUCGCAAUAAUAGUUUAAACUAG